UACGCUAUCUCCCAAAUUCAUUUCCUUUGAACAACAGAUCCAUCCAUCCAUCCACCCACCCCUCAUUUGGUUGUUGAAUACCGUUUUCCUCAUUUCUGUUUCUUUUACCAAAUUACUUUUAGGCUUUAUCAACCUUCAGUAUGGUGGCUGAGGCACCUUUUAGACCAAGAGAGGAGCUCAUUGAAAGGCAAAGAUUGUUUCAAAGCAUCCACAAACACACCCAUCUGAAAGGUCCAAUGGACAAGAUCACCUCGGUUGCCAUCCCUGUGGCUCUUGCUGGUUCUUGCCUGUUCCUCAUUGGACGGGGAAUCUAUAACAUGUCUCAUGGGAUUGGAAAGAAAGAAUGAGUAUGGAGCUCCUAAUGAAGGCACAUAAACAGUUUACUACUUUUGAAGUUCCCUUUCAUAUUUAGACUCCCAUGUUUUUCAUGUUCGGGCUUUUAUGAACUUUGAAUAAUUACUUGGUAACAAACAUGUUGCUGGAAAUGGUGGUUUGAACAUUGGUCAUCGGUUAUUUGUUUGUACUUUGCAGCGUGUUGAACCUUUAUUUUGACGGUACACUUGCUAUAUAAGGUCUUUUUAGCAUGAA